CUUGGCAUAAACACUCCGUCUUCAUCUUCUUCCUAGACAGGAAGGCCUGGUGCCAGGAUCUGGGGGCUUUCUUCAUAAAUAAAAGCAGGUGGAUCUGAGUAGAACCCACAUUUCAAGCCCUGGGAGCAGCCAAAAUGACUCGCUCUGUUCCUCUGUUCCUGCUGUGCGUUUUGGUCCCUGCCAUUCAAGCUGCGCAGCUCACGAAAUGUGAAGUGUCCCAGGCCACUAAAGGCAUAGACGGCUACCAAGAUGUCACUGCGCUUGAAUGGACCUGCAUUCUAUUCCAUACCAGUGGGUAUGACACCGAAGCUAUAGUCAAAAACAAUGGUACCACCCAGUAUGGACUCUUUCAGAUCGAUGACAAACUUUGGUGCAAGAGCAGUGAGAUCUCCGAGUCGGAGAACAUCUGUGGCAUUUCCUGUGACAGGUUCCUGGAUAAUGACUUUGCUGAUGACAUAAAGUGCGUCAAGAAGAUCCUGGCCAUCAAAGGAAUUGACUACUGGGCGGCCCGCAAGCCCAUGUGCUCUGAAAAGCUGGACCAGUGGCGCUGCGAGAAGCCGUGAGCUCCUGUCUGUGCUGCUCCUGACCCGUGUUCCCAACGCCUCUUCCCUAAAGAUACCUCAGUUUGGCUCUUUCU